AUAUUUAAUUAAAUUACUAAAAUAUGGUUCCGUAAUUUGAGGAUGAAAACAGGGACAAUAAUGUAAUGCUAUAUAUAUAUAUAUAUAUGCAUACGCGCAUCAUCUUCAUCCUAUAAAGCCUAUCUGCUCUUCUCGCGUCUUCUCGAAAAUUCCAUCACCGAUGGCUGCUGAAGUUCUAGGACUUUUUGAUUUCUACUGGUUUCAGCAUCUAAUCUUCAGAAACGAACCAUCUCCACCACCUCCCGCAACAGACCCAGAUCAUGAACCACUCCAAGAAUCAAAGCUCUCUCGUCUUCCCACUCUUCAUGUUAGGUCUCGGAGUGAUCAGUUUUUGAGCUCCAAAGGGAGCUUCACCCCUGAUUCUCUGUCGCCGGACUCAGUCCUACAAGCGCCGAAGCUGCAGACGGUUAUGUCUGGGAAGGAAGUUGGAGAAGAGUUCGAUGAUGCCCCGAAAAAGGAAGAGCGACAGAGACCUGUACUUGAUCAGAGAAAAGUUUAUGGUGGAAGGAAGAGCAAAGGGAGCAGCAAGAGCUUGUCGGACCUCGAGUUUGAGGAACUGAAGGGGUUCAUGGAUCUGGGUUUUGUGUUCUCGGAAGAAGACAAGAAUUCAAAGCUGGUGUCCAUCGUUCCUGGGUUGCAGAGAUUGGGAAAGAAAGGUGGUGAAGACGAUGAAGAAGAGGAUGCAAAGAUUGUUUCAGUUUCUAGGCCUUAUUUAUCAGAAGCAUGGGAUGUGAUGGACAGGAGACGAAAAGAAGUGGAUCCACUAUUGAAUUGGAGAAUCCCAGAUUUUGGUGAUGAAAUGGACAUGAAAGAGCAUCUCAGAUUUUGGGCUCACAUGGUUGCAUCUGCUGUAAGAUAGAAAAGAUGGAUCAUUCCUGUUGAAAUUUUCUUUCUUCCUUUCCAUUCUUUCUCCGGGCUCUUUUUCUUGAGUUUUAAAGGAUGUUUUGAAGGCUUUUUGGAUGCAACUUUGUGGGGGUUCUUUUCUUUAUAGGUUCUAAAUGUAAAUAAAGAUGACAGAAGAGGAUAUCUAUAUACUUCACUUAGAUCUUGAUUUUGGCAUCAAAA